GGCUGGGUAGUUUCCGAGGGGGAAGUCGGGUCCGGGCCGCGCUGAAUACGCCGGUCUCAGGCUUAGGUGGCGGUUGUUUGACCUCCGGGAAGGCGUCUGGCAUCGCAGCAGCCCUAGCUCUCGGUAGCUCGUUCGGGAAGAGCUGUGGCAACAUAAGCAUCUCAGUGAUAUGAUAGAAAAGAAACAGGUAUGUCGGCUCUUUGUCCUCCACCAUCUCCCGCGGUUGCAAAAACAGAGAUAUCCUUGAAUGGAGAGUCGCCUUUAUUAGCUGCCACUUUUGCUUACUGGGACAAUAUUCUUGGCCCCAGAGUGCGACACAUCUGGGCCCCAAAGACCGAACAGGUACUUCUCAGUGACGGUGAAAUAACUUUUCUUGCUAACCACACCCUGAAUGGAGAGAUACUUCGGAAUGCAGAAAGCGGUGCAAUAGAUGUGAAGUUUUUUGUCUUAGCAGAGAAAAGAGUAAUCAUUGUUUCAUUAAUCUUUGAUGGAAACUGGAAUGGAGACAGAAGCACUUAUGGACUGUCAAUUAUACUUCCACAAAGUGAACUUGGCUUCUACCUGCCUCUUCACAGAGUGUGUGUGGACAGGUUAACACAUAUUAUAAGGAAAGGAAGAAUAUGGAUGCAUAAGGAGAGGCAAGAACAUUUCCAGAAGAUUGUCUUGGAAGGCACGGAGAGAAUGGAGGAUCAGGGCCAGAGCAUCAUUCCAAUGCUGACAGGAGAAGUUAUUCCUGUAAUGGAACUCCUUUCCUCUAUGAAAUCACACAGUGUUUCAGAAGAAAUAGAUAUAAGUGAUACAGUGCUAAAUGAUGAUGACAUUGGGGAUAGUUGCCAUGAAGGCUUUCUCCUGAAUGCAAUUAGCUCACAUCUGCAGACCUGUGGUUGUUCUGUAGUUGUAGGAAGCAGUGCAGAAAAAGUUAAUAAGAUUGUGAGAACAUUGUGUCUGUUUCUUACGCCUUCAGAACGGAAAUGUUCCAGACUCUGUAGAAAUGAGUCUUCUUUCAAGUAUGAGUCAGGACUUUUUGUUCAAGGAUUACUCAAAGAUGCAACCGGAAGCUUUGUGUUGCCCUUCCGUCAAGUAAUGUAUGCUCCAUAUCCUACUACACAUAUAGAUGUAGAUGUCAAUACAGUGAAACAGAUGCCACCUUGUCAUGAACACAUCUAUAACCAACGACGAUAUAUGAGAUCUGAGUUGACAGCAUUUUGGAGAGCUAAUUCAGAUGAAGAGAUGUCUCAGGAUCCUAUUAUCCACACAGAUGAGAGUUUCACACCUGAUUUAAAUGUCUUUCAGGAUAUCCUGCAUCGAGAUACAUUGGUAAAAGCCUUCCUGGAUCAGAUCUUUCACCUGAAACCAGGCUUGUCUCUGAGGAGUACUUUCCUUGCACAAUUUCUGCUAGUGCUUCACAGAAAAGCCUUAACUUUAAUAAAAUACAUAGAGGAUGACACGCAAAAAGGAAAAAAACCUUUUAAGUCUCUUCGUAGCUUAAAGAUAGACCUUGACCUAACAGCAGAGGGCGAUCUUAAUAUAAUAAUGGCUUUUGCUGAGAAGAUUAAACCAGGCUGCAGCUCUUGCAAAAUGAACACAUAAUAAACUUCGACGGGAGAACUUUUCAGAAUUACACUGACACAAGUCACUUGUGCUGAGAUCCUGCUUAUUUUGCUACCUUUUUUCUUCCUUUCUGCACUUUAGUCAAUUUACCUAUUUAAAAAGGGCCUAUUUUUUUAAGUUUUUACUCUCAUGUCUGAGAUUGUGCAGAAAAAUGUAAAUUUACUUCUGAAAUUUACAUAGAAGUGAUGUUGAAGUCUACAUAGCUUUAAGUGUGGUGCUGGAAUUAAUCACUUUAGCUUGAUAAGCAAUGGAAACUUAACACUGACACUAUCAUCAGUAAAGCUCUAAUUAUUUAUGGAAGAUGCUGUCACUUUUUGUGUAAAUGCUAGAAUCUUCAAUUGCUACUUUUGUUACUCUGCUAUCAGUGCAGAAUGUAUUGUAAAUUAUUAACUUCAUUUGCAUGUUCUAUAGUAAGUUUUGCUUAGGAAAGUAUUCUAUUAAAAUUCUUACAGAAUUUUUGCCUUGAA